AUGCCGCCAUUGCCCUCAAAACUGGGAGAGCUUGAGAUUCAGGCACGGAAAGCAGAGAAGGAUGUGUCUAAGGCUGCAACUCAGAGAGCUGCUUUGGAUGCAGCAAUCAGCGCGGUUGAAAAUUACCUGAAAGCGCUUACGCUGGCUAGCUCUCCUAGCGAAAAACAGCGGCUAGAUGCAAAAUGUAAAGAACUUCUCAGAAAGGCAGAGGAUAUUAAAAAAUCAGAAUUCUGGAACCAACAUCUACAGACACGUACCAACACCAGCAAUAGCAGCAGCAGGGUGAGGCCCAGGCUUCGAGAGCCAGUUUCCACACGGAAUCUUUCCAAUAGGGAGCAGAUCAUUCUCCUGGAAGAUUCGAAGCUCAAUGGAUAUGUAUUUCCUCCUUGGUCAGCGGUGCCGGAUGCGGGGGAGUUUGAGCUCGAAGAAGAUGGCGACCAGUUUACGGACUCGUGCGAUCUUCCGCUCUCAGAGCUACAGUGCGAGAUUUUCAAUGGCUGGAAACGCCCUGCAGACAUCUUAGGAGCCGGAGUGGCUAAUGAUUAUGGGAAGAGUCAUUCCCUAGUUAUGAAAAAUGAACAACCUAUAGAUCUAGUACAGGAUGUUACGACGGAUUGCUCCGUUGUCUUCGCAAUCAAGUCUUACCCGUCAGAGGAGCAGACAUUCAGCCCAAAGAUAUCACAGUCAGGGAAAUACAUAUUUCAAAUGCAUUUUAACGGAUGUUACCGGAAAGUUGUAAUUGACGAUCAUCUCCCCUCUUCUAAAACUUCGAGGUUCCUUCAUGUCAUUGACAGGCAAAACCCUGCAUUGCUAUGGCCAGCACUGGCCGAAAAGGCAUAUUUAAAGGUUAGAGGAGGCUACGAUUUCCCCGGAAGCAAUUCUGGGACAGACCUUUGGAUCCUCACCGGCUGGAUUCCGGAACAAAUAUUUCUGCACGACGAGGACGUCAUCUCGGAUCAGCUGUGGAAACGACUGUUCAAUGCAUUUAAUUACGGCGACGUAUUAAUCACUGUUGGCACAGGAUCAUUGGCUGAACAGGAAGAAGAGGAACUUGGCCUUGUGAGCUUGCAUGACUAUGCAAUUCUUGAUAUGAAGGAAGACAACAGCCGUCGCCAAUUCCUUGUCAAGAAUCCUUGGGCAGCUGGCUCCGUUUGGGAAGGGAUUGGACAAUCCCACCUUCCUGAUACUGAAGGUGCCAGUGAAUACAAACACGACCAGCACCAGAUCCAUCGCCCUCUAUCCCCAGGAACAUUCUGGACUGAUUGUGAUAAACUGCUUCAAAAUUUCGAAAAUUUAUAUUUAAAUUGGAACCCGACGCUCUUUCCUUAUCGGCAGGAUAUCCAUUUUACUUGGGAUCUUUCUUCUGCCAGUUCCGUUCCCGGCUGCUUCGCUGAAAAUCCACAGUUUGCGGUUGGUUCCAAAGCAGGAGGCUCCGUCUGGCUCCUUCUUAGUCGACAUUUCAAUUCUGGAGAUUACAUCAGACCUGGAAAGCAGCUUAUAGACGUGUCGUCUGAAAGUGAUGAACCCGGAUUUAUUAGCAUUUACGUUUUCAAAAAGGGAGGCCAAAGAGUCUGCGUGAGUGAUGGGGCCUUAGGUCGGGGUGCUUAUGUGGAUUCGCCUAACACACUAAUGAGAUUUGAGAUGCCUCCAAAUACUGUUUAUACGGUUGUGGCUGCAGAGCAGUCCCUACGGAGGUCGAGCCAGAAUUUUUCUUUAUCCGGAUUCUCUACAGCGCCCCUAUCUAUUUCACACGCCACUGAGCGAUAUGGGUAUGUUAAGAAGCUCCCUGCUGCAUGGACGACAACAACCGCUGGAGGCAAUGCAGAUUCACCAAAGUACCCUGCAAAUCCACAAUUCAGGAUCGAUAUCUUAGAGGCAUGUGAUAUUGCUAUUAUCCUUGAGACUGCGAAUCCUGAGCUAGCCACGCACGUCAAGAUAGUGUGUUCAGACGGCAAGCGUGUUUCCAGCGUCCGUUCUCGGGACGUUGCUUUUGACAGCGGAGACUACCGCCGUGGCUGCUCUUUUGCUGAACAUUCCGACCUAGCCAGGGGCUCAUAUACAGCCGUCUGCUCCACGUUUGCACCCGACCAGCUGGGCAAGUUUAGUCUCUGGAUCAAAACGACCAAGUCAUGCAAUCUAAAGCCUCUGCCGGCUGAGGGGGCUGGGCAAUUGAGCACGUUGUCCGACAUUGGCAGAUUUCCGCCAGGUACGGAUAGAAUUCUUGCCCCCAUCACUACAUCUCGACUGGCCAGAAUCACGGCCAUUGUGAGGCAUAAGGGCUCGUGGGCGGGAGCCCGGAGUGUCGCCCCGUCGCCGAUUUUAAUGACUCUUGAGCUAGGACAGGGUCCGUAUAAGGAUAUACUAGCAUCAUCCGGCGAUGGGAGUUUCAGCAAUUCCGUCAGUGGAAUACGCAUAGAGGAAUUCGAUUUGCAGCCUGGUUUCGAACGUCAGGGGGGGCUGUGGCUUGUCGUGGAACGGGUUGGGGGUCCUGGUGGUCAGGUGCAUGAUACGAUUGAGCUGGAGAUCUUGUCUGAGGAGAGGGUGACGAUCGGUCCAUGGGGAGUCGGUAACGGCUGA